GGAAGUAAAUCACGGCAGUUCCGGUUGUAAAGAUGUCGCCGUCCUUGUUCAAUUUUGUCAACGCUAAAGAGAAAUUUAUGACUGCUGCUAGAGAUGCGUUAGAUGGUAAAACCUGCAAGCAAGUAGUUAAUGUGUUUAAUCAGAUCUCCGGGAAUGAGACAGAAAAGAAGACCACACUAGACCAGGCUUUGAGGGGUGUUCUUGGUGAUCUGAUGGAUGAGCGGAAGGAUAACUGUGAUGAUUGUCUGUCCCUCAUCUACUUGAGUAUUGACGCUGUCACUGAGGGUAUCUGCUCCGCUACGACUCCUUUUAUUCUGCUUGGAGAUGUUCUGGACUGCCUUCCUCUUGACCUGUGUGACAAAAUAUUCUCUUUUGUUGAGGAAAAUGUUUCUACAUGGAAAUCGAACUCCUUUUAUACUGCAGGGAAGAACUAUUUGCUGAGGAUGUGCAACGAUCUUUUAAGGAGGCUGUCCAAAUCCCAGAACACAGUAUUCUGUGGAAGAAUCCAGCUUUUCCUUGCACGGCUCUUUCCUUUGUCUGAAAAAUCGGGCCUCAACCUACAGAGCCAAUUUAAUCUGGAAAAUGUAACAGUAUUUAACAAAAAUGAGCAAGAAACCACUUUUGGCCAGAAGACAGUUGAAAAGGAAGAUGGUAUGGAGGUGGAGGAGGGGGAGAUGGGGGAGGAUGAUGCCCCUGCGCCAUGUUCUAUUCCCAUUGACUACAACUUGUACAGAAAGUUCUGGAUGUUGCAGGACUACUUCAGAAAUCCGUUGCAGUGCUACGAAAAAUUCUUGUGGAUAACAUUUGUUAAGUACUCUGAUGAGACCCUCGCUGUGUUCAAGAGCUACAAGCUGGAUGACACGCAGGCUUCUAAGAAGAAGAUGGAGGAGCUGAGAGCAUCUGAUGGGGAACAUGUUUACUUCGCCAAGUUCCUCACAAGUGAGAAGUUGAUGGACUUGCAGCUCAGCGACAGCAACUUCAGGCGUCACAUUCUUGUACAGUAUCUCAUCCUCUUUCAGUAUCUGAAGGGGCAGGUCAAAUUUAAAAGCUCCAGCUGCGUCUUGAAUGAUGACCAGAAUACAUGGAUUGAAGAUACAACUAAACUUGUGUAUCAGCUGCUGAGAGAAAUUCCUCCUGAUGGAGACAAGUUUGCCUCCAUGGUUGAGCAUAUCCUCAACACAGAGGAAAACUGGAACGCCUGGAAAAACGAGGGAUGUCCGAGCUUUGUUAAGGAAAGAACAGUAGAUGAGAAACCGAAAAGGCCCACCAGGAAAAGACAAGCUCCAGAGGACUUCCUUGGAAAAGGGCCAGACCGAAAGAUUUUCAUGGGAAAUGAUGAGUUGACUCGACUGUGGAACCUGAACCAGGACAACAUGGAAGCGUGCAAGUCCGACAGCAGAGAGUUCCUGCCAUCGCUGGACGAGUUCUUCACUGAAGCCAUUGAGCAGGCUGACCCCGCCAACAUGGUGGAGGAGGAGUAUAAGGUUGUGCGUAACCCAAACUAUGGCUGGCGAGCUUUGAGGCUGCUGUCCAGGAGAAGUCCUCACUUCUUUCAACCAACAAACCAAAAGUUUAAGAGCUUGGCGGAUUACCUGGACAGCAUGGUUAGCAAACUGGCCAAAGAACUACCGAAAGAUAUUCCCUCAGAAGAAAUCAAGACUGGGGAAGAGGAUGAUGAUGAAAAUGGAGACAAUCUUCUGAAAGACAGCAACGACAGUCCAAGCAUUCAGAGCAAACUGGUGACAAACCAGCAGAUGGAUGACGUCGCAGCCAAACUGGGCUCCCAGUGGAAAACGCUGGCUUCUCAUUUGGAGAUGAAGGCGGCAGAUUUGCGGGAAAUCGAGACCGACAGCGAGGACAUUGACAUGCAGGCCAAACUUCUGCUGGUGGCCUGGCAGGACAGAGAAGGAACACAAGCUACUGUGGAGAACCUGGUCACAGCUCUGAACGCUGCAGGCUACUCCCAGCUGGCAGACAGUCUCAACGAGUCUUAAAAUACUCCGUUUGUUGCCCAACGUGCUCUUUCAUUUGUUGAAGCAUCCUUCGUCGUACAGAAGCUGUUGGAUAUACAUUUUGUAUGUAGUUCAGAACUUUUUCACCUGUAGAAAUGCAAUAAAAGGUUGUUUUUAUUUUUAAUCACUUCCACUUCGUAGUCACAGAAAACGUUACAUUUUGCUUUAAACAGUUUAUUUUUUACCACCUAUGAAGCAGCGAUCAAUAACUUAAUACAGAAAAUGGAGCUUUCGGGUUUUACAUGUUGUGGCGAUCAGGAAACCUGCACG